AUGGCUUUCAAUUUUCUUACAAGUUUGAUAAAUGAUGGCGCUGGACCCUCUCAUUUGGAUGAGGAUAUUGAUCAGUUUGAUAACGAUGAAGAGUCUGAUGUAGACUAUGAAUUAAUAAAUGAUGAAGAAAGUGGGAAUGUGCAUUUUAGUGAUGAUGAUGCUAGUUCUAGUAGUGAUGGUGAGGGCACUAGGCCAAGAAGGAAUGAACAAUUCAAUGAAGAUGGUGAUCGAGACUGGUCAACGAUUUUGACUGAGGUACAGCUUCACGAUUUCGUUGAACAUGUUGGACCUUGUACUACAAUAAAUGCUGAUGAUUCUUUCACAGCAUUUGAUUACUUUUCAGUAUUUAUUCCUGAAGAGUUUUAUGGACACUGUGUUACUGAAACAAACCGCUAUGCAUUGGAACGAGCUCUUAUAAAACCAGAUACAACAUGGAAGCCUGUGGAUAUUGCAGACAUCAAACUGUUCAUGUACAUAAACUUUAUGUUUGGCAUUCAUCAGUUGCCCCAUUAUAAACUCUAUUGGUCUACAAAUGACCUACUAAAUGUUCCAGCAGUGUCCAAAGUUAUGUCAAGGAAUCGAUACGUAGCAAUUGCUAAGUAUUUUCACCUGAACAACAACGCUGUAUUUAUACCUCGGGGGACUGUUGGACAUGAUCCUAUUUUCAAAGUCCGACCACUCUUUGACACUGUCCUCAAUAAUUCUCUUAAAAGUUUGAAGCCAGAGAAGGAUAUUUCUAUUGAUGAAGCAAUGGUAGCCUACACUGGAAGGCUUGUGUUCAAACAGUACAUAAAAAAUAAGCCAAGUCCCUGGGGUAUCAAGUUGUGGUGCGCUGCUGAUCCACAUUCUGGUUAUUUGUAUAACUUUGAUGUGUACAUGGGGAAAUCAAAUGUGAAAAUGCCCAAUGGACUGAGUUAUCAUGUUGUUUUUAAAAUGGGUGAGCCUUUCCUAGACAAGUACCACCAUUUUUACUAUGACAACUAUUUCACAAGUGUCAAGUUAGCUGAGGACUUGCUUCAGAGAGACACUUACUCGUGUGCGACCAUUAGACCCUCACGAAAAGGUUGGCCUAAAGAAUUUAAAAACCUCAAGCUAAAAAAGUCAGCAACUGAAACUGGAGUCCGGUUUCGACAAAUAGGAAACCUAGUUGCUUGCUUUUUUCAUGACAAGAGGCCAGUGCAGGUUUUAUCUACAAAUGCACAACCCACUAUGUCAACAACACAGCGAACCACUGCUGGUGGACGUGUGGAUGUGCAGAUACCUACACCAGUAUUCACAUACAACAAGGGUAUGGGUGGUGUAGAUCUACAUGAUCAACUGAGAUCAUACUAUCCCAUUGGCAGGAGAAGCAGGAAAUGGUGGAGGUCUCUGGUGUGGUUUUUACUUCAGGUUGCCACAAUAAACUCUUACAUAAUUUAUAAAAAACAGUUUAUGCAGAGACAUCCUGGGCAGAAACCUAAGACACACCUAGAGUUUCGCCUUGAUCUUUGUCAUCAGCUCAUGGCUGGAUCUUCUGUUCGGCAACGUGCAGCAACUGACAUCCCUGCAGCCACUGGCACAACCACACUGGACAACACAAAACAUCAGCCAAACAGAAUGUUCGGCAGGAAAAAAACAUGCUACGAGUGUUCUAGGUCUAAAAGAAAGACCCCCACAAAUAGGCCCAUAGAAACCUCUAAUGGAUGCCUCCUCUGCAAAGUACAUUUGUGUAAAGGACAUUGCUUUGCUAUAUUCCACAAUAAUCUAUAA